AUUGGGGCAGAAGAGUGGGUGGGGCAAGUGGGCUCCGCCUUCUGCCCCAACAUUCUAGGUCCGCAACAGGUUUUCAGCGUCCCCGGGGAGACAGGUGAGCCCGAGCUCUUGGGGCCUCUACAAGGGGCGGGGCGCACGCGGCUGUAGUUGGGCUGCUGUGGGCGGAGAGGGUCUGCGAGCUCUCGAGCUCUCGCUGCUGCUAGUUUAUGAAGCUGGCAGGGUGUUCGCCUGGUGUGAGCUCUUGCUAUUUUCUCAGAGAAAAGGUGUCCCCCUUACCACCCGCCUCCCAGCCUCUGUGCUUGCAGGAAACUUGAAAUCUGAGUAUAGUGGCUUAGAGGAGGAGGCUUGGGUCGAGCCAACGGGGGUGUGUAGAAGAGUCAUUAGGAUUUCUCGUGGCUGCCUUAGGCCUUUCUAAGAUUCUUUCUCACUUACUUGGUGUCCCGUGGUCUUGUUGUGUCUGGAUUCACGUUGUUCUCCAUCCAGAGCAUGGCCUGACUCAACGGUGACAGCAAAAGUCAGGCUGACAGGUGCCCUGAGAGGGGCCAUGGUGCCAAGGCAGGUGUGGGGGAAACUGAAGCAACCGUUGCUCUUCCUGAGCAGUGCCUCACUCCUCCUGGGUCUGGCUUUACUGGUUUUACAGCCCAAUGUUGCCCCUGUUGCUUAUUUCUUCCUCUGCUUGGCUGGCUUCUGCUUUUUUGCCUGCCUCCUAGCCUGUGCUAUGGAGCGGUGCCUCCAAUCAAGGCAGAGCUCAAGGCAGACUGAAAAUCCAGGGACCGCAGGCAAUGCACGGGACAAUGAAGCGUUUGAGGUGCCGUCCUAUGAACAGGCUGUGGUGGUGAUGGACUCGCAAUCACAGCACCACCACCUCCAAGAGCCGGAGGAGCCACCGCCUUACAGCAGUGUCAUAACCCCAGGAGUUGAGGGGGCGCAGCCUAGCCCACCAGAGAGGCCUAGCACAGGCAGGCUGAAAAGGCGAGUGGGAUCAGAGGGAACAAUGACUCGCAGAGGAAAUCCUGGAAGAGCUCUUCGACUUAGGGGUCCACGGGUUGUGUCCACUGCCCCUGAUCUGCAAAGCUUGAGGGUGACCCCCAAAGUGGAGCCCAGUACUCCACCCCCUGCCUAUGAAGUCUGUUUUGCUCACCCUGAUGACGACGAUGUUUUCUAUGAAGAUAAAUGGAUCCUUCCCUAAGUGAUGUUCUCAGAACCCAUCAUCUCUUUGCUCAUUUGCCUGCCAUUCCCUAAUAUCUACUGAAUCAGAAACUGGUU